AUGUCUUCGCUAAAGCGGAAGAGUCUAGAGGAAGAUAUCCUACAGAGACGUGUUAGGGCACGGCGGGAAUCCAGCGAGGAACUGGAAUAUGAAGAUUCUGCGCCGUCUUUGAAUGGGGACGAAGCGGAGGAGGGGGCAAGCUCAGACGAGUCCCAAUCCGACGACGACGACGAAGAAGAAGAAGCAUCAGAAUCUUCGGAAUCAGAAUCUCCCGAUGCUGCAGCUUCAAUUUCAUUUGGCGCAUUGGCGAAAGCGCAGGCUGCCAUGUCCCGGUCUGACAAGGCUACGAAGUCGAAGAAUGCUGACGAUACGUGGGAUGGCAAGGAGGCUGUGGAGCGGAAAGCUGGCAAGAAAGACCAUCGAGACUUCAACCGCACGAGCAAACAUGCGCCCACGGAAAUGUCAAGCAAGAAGGCAGUAUCCCGAAAGCGGGAGGUCGUGCCCGUCAUAAAACGCAAUUAUCGAGACCCGAGAUUCGAGCCCUUGUCGGGCCCCAUAGAUGAGUCGAAGAUCAGGAAGGCAUAUUCUUUCCUCGACGAUUACCGCGAGGAUGAGAUGAAGGAGCUGAAAAAUGCCAUCAGGACGACUAAGGAUGAGGAGGCCAAGGAAAAGCUGAAACGGGCCCUGAUGUCGAUGGAGUCGAGGAAGAAGGCACAGAUGCGCAAGGAUAAGGAGAAGGAGAUUCUGGACAGACAUAGGAAGGAGGAGAAAGAGCUUGUCAAGCAGGGCAAGAAGCCUUUCUACCUGAAGAAAUCCGAACAGAAGAAGCGUGUGCUGCUAGAGCAGUACGGGAAUCUCAAGGGCAAGCAGCUCGACCGUGUUAUUGAGCGAAGAAGGAAGAAGGUGGAAGCGAAGGAAAAGAAGAAGUUGCCAUUCUCCAGGCGAGGCAUCGAAUGA